UUGUUACUUCCUUUGACCCGUCAUGACUGCUUAAAUACUUCAUUAGCUUCACAUUCCAAAUCUCUUUAAUUCCAUCUAGUUUUGGUUUUUCUCUUUCAUCUUCUUUCUGGUUUUUUUGGAUCUCUGUCCCGGAUUUGCAGGAGGUUUCUUAAUAGAUAGUCAUGGCAGAUCAGAUUAACCACCCCAAUGUAACUCAGACAGUUGCUGGUCAAUUUUGUUUCAACUCCAGCUUCUCCCAGAAUCUGCGGGCUCUUAACCAAAGUUCUUACAGGCCUUAUUUGUACGAGAGGCCUUUCUCAACACAAAACUACCUCAAUAAUGAGCUGCAGAACCCAUUAAUGAGCAUGGGAAAGUUUACUAGUAAUCUUCCCAUGGUGACAACAGCUUCAUCUGUGUUUGCUCAGGCACCUUCUGAAAAAGGCUUGAACUCUUUUGCCAUUGAUUUUCUUAUGGGUGGAGUAUCAGCUGCUGUUUCCAAAACUGCAGCUGCUCCAUUAGAGCGUGUUAAGUUACUGAUCCAGAACCAAGAUGAGAUGAUUAAGGCUGGACGUCUCUCUGAACCUUAUAAAGGAAUUACAGACUGUUUUGCUCGUACGGUCAGAGAAGAAGGUAUGGGUUCACUUUGGAGAAGUAACACAGUAAAUGUUAUUCGUUACUUCCCUACUCAGGCAUUGAACUUCGCCUUCAAGGAUUAUUUCAAGAGAAUGUUCAACUUUAAGAAGGAUAGGGAUGGCUACUGGAAGUGGUUUGCAGGCAACUUGGCUUCCGGAGGCGCAGCUGGUGCUUCUUCUCUUCUUUUUGUCUACUCUCUGGAUUAUGCCCGUACUCGUCUGGCUAAUGAUGCCAAGGCAGCAAAGAAAGGUGGAGAGCGGCAGUUUAAUGGCCUGGUUGAUGUCUACAGGAAGACUCUUAAGUCAGAUGGAAUAGCUGGUCUGUACCGUGGAUUCAACAUCUCUUGUGCUGGAAUUAUAGUUUACAGAGGUUUAUAUUUUGGAAUGUAUGAUUCUUUGAAGCCAGUGGUCCUUGUCGGAAGCCUGCAGGAUAGUUUCUUCGCAAGCUUUGCCCUUGGAUGGUUGAUCACAAAUGGUGCUGGACUUGCAUCCUAUCCCAUCGACACAGUUCGUAGAAGAAUGAUGAUGACCUCAGGUGAGGCUGUUAAGUAUAAGAGCUCAAUGGAUGCUUUCUCCCAGAUUCUUAAAAAUGAGGGUGUCAAAUCCCUCUUCAAGGGCGCUGGAGCAAAUAUUCUACGCGCCGUUGCUGGUGCUGGGGUGCUUGCUGGCUAUGACAAGCUUCAAGUUAUUGUCUUGGGGAAAAAAUAUGGUUCCGGUGGCGCCUGAGUUCUUACAGAUGGUGAUGAAAAAAAUAAAAAGCAUAGUUUCAUUUAAGAAGUAUUUUUCUUACAUCUAUUUUGUUUUGGCAAAAGUCUUGAGACUAAUAAUUUUUGCUUCCGGGCAAAAGUUUCAUUUAAGAAGUUUCAUAGAUUUGAUUCCCUUUGGGGUUACAUUAUAUUUAUUGUUCA